AUGGCUCCAGCCAGAGCAAGAUUCUGCCCUCUGCUGCUGCUCCUGCUGCUGGGGCUGUGGGUGGCCGAGGUCCCAGUCAGUGCCAAGCCCAAACACAUGACCUCAGCUCAGUGGUUUGAAACCCAGCACGUGCAGCCCAGCCCCCAGGCAUGCAAAGUGGCGAUGGGCAAGAUCAACAAGCACACGAAACACUGCAAAGACUUCAACACCUUCCUGCACGAAUCCUUCCCCAGUGUGGCCGCCACCUGCCAUGCCCCCGUCACAGCCUGCAAGAACGGCAAGAAAAACUGCCACCGGAGCAAAGGGCCCGUGUCCCUGACCAACUGUCAGCUCACCUCGGGGAAGUACCCAAACUGCAACUACAAAGAGAAGAAACUGAAGGCUUCUUACAUCAUAGCCUGUAACCCUCCCCAGAAAGGGGACUCUGGAAAAUUCCACCUGGUUCCUGUGCACUUGGACAAAGUCAUUUAGGUGUCCAGCCUUUCUCCCUCUUGGGCUGUGCUCUCAUUUCCUCUCCAGGCCUCUGCACCGCUCCUCCUAUGCACAGAAGGUUCUCUUCCCUUCAUUUCUUGGGGCCUUUCCUAGCUCAGGAUUUUCUGAGGAGCAGCUGAGGUCUAUACUUUGUUGGACUAAACUCCAGAAGAGAUGGUCUUUUAUCUUUUCGUUGCUCUUUUCCCAGAAACCUAUCCC